AUGAAUUGAUCGUUGGAAGGGACCAUGGAGCAGUGCUACCAUAUCCAGGCAUUAGUGCAGCCAUUGUUGAAGGACCGGCGUUUGCGUAGAGAGUCGUGUCCAAAUUUUUAUUGGAAGCACCCAUAUAAUGUUGUUCUACCGGUUGAAUUUCUUGCUCGCUGUUGUUGAUUUGAGGCUUGAUGUCGAUCGAUUGUUUUGCUUCCGGUGCUAAUAUUCCACUAGUCCCAGCAGGAAAAAAUGCGCUGUUGUAGGAUGGUAAAGGUUGAGCGGCAAGGGCGGGACCAGUCUGAUCGAACGAUGUCAUACCAACAGCAGAUAGGUCAGACGGCAUUUGAUAGGGUAAACUCUCAAUGGCAGUUAAAGUUUCAAAGACAGGGACGGGACUCUGCGGAGGUCAAGGGAUGCGAGAAUUGUGUUAGCCCGGCUGUAGAGUACAAUAUUUAUAUUUGA